AUGGCCACCGACAUGGUCCAUGUCCACAACAUGUUCCUCCGCGCCCUCAACAGCAUCAUCCUACAAUCACCACAUGUUGUUAAACCGGGAGAUAUUGCCGACUUGCUGGCCUACACCAAAACAGUCGUGAUUACCAUUGACGCUCACCACUUUGGGGAAGAGGAAUACUUGUUCCCAGCACUGGCAGCCUAUACCAAGAACCAAGACAUCAUGUCCGCGAACCAGGCCCAGCACGCUGCAUUCCACGCAGGGCUGUCGCGCCUAGGAGAAUACUGCAAAUCUACGAGCCCGGACGAGUACUCGCACACGACGUUCAAGGGUCUGAUCGACGCCUUUGCACCGUCAUUGUACGAGCACCUGCGCGAUGAGAUUCCCACCAUUCUCGCUCUCAAGGUGUACCCGAGCGACGAGCUCAGGCGCAUGUGGGUGCAGGCCGAGAAGCACAUUGCUGAUGUGGGGAGCUACGAUGAAAUGUUGCCCUUGGCGUUUGGAUGCAUGGAUCGUGGGUUUGAAGGAGGGAGGCACAAGUUCCCGCCAGCACCUUGGUGGGUUGCAUGGGUCGUCCGAUACUGGUUCGCCAGGCGGCAUCAGAGUGUGUGGCGCUUUAAUCCUUGCGACAUGUGGGGGGUGCCGCGGCCGCUAACGUUCCUGCCAAUUGACAUUUGA